GUGCAUUGUUUGGCUUUACGAGUCUGAGGCGAAUCUGACGUUACGACCGUAGGUGCGUGGCGCGUAGCGGUCUUGGGGCGAUGAUCGACCACAUGGGCCGGCCGCGCGCACACCAUGCGCCAGCAGUCGACCGAUACGGUCGACAAAGCAGUGUGCACCGAGGAGUCGGGCGCGGCGCGGCUGGAGGCGGUGCUCGUGGCGCUGGUGGAGCGUAAGGCGCGCGCCCUGCACGCCGAGCAGGCGAGGCGGCGCGCGCGCACGCACCCCCUAUGCCUGCUGCUCAAGACCAACAUUCCUGAUGAAGAAGCAUCCAUAGUCGGCAGUCCCGGCGAAGCAAUCCCAACACACUGGUGUGAACACGAAAUAGCAAGACACAAAAACAAGAAGUUAAAACUACAUUCACAUUAUGGACGGGAGUUGAAUACGCCCGAACAGCUAGAGCUCGAAAGAAGAAGGCGGCGACGCAAGCGGCGUGCGCAGGCGCAAGCGCAGAUACCACAGAAACACCGCACCCUGCUAGUCUCCGCCAUCGACGAGCAGGCCAAAGUUAUACAUGUCCUGGAUCCGGAUGAGCUGCCGCGUCGGGCGCGCUACACAAUCAUGGUGACGGCGUGCUUGCUGCUGUUCCUGUGCCUGCUGCUGGUCGGCGUCACGCUGAGGAUGGCGCCGCUCAUCGACGACAUGGUACGGCAAGAGAACGAGCGAUUGAUGCACGACGUCCUUCAGGCGGGAAUCGCCAAUCGCACCCUGUCGUCGGGGGCAUCGCGCUGACGCCGCGCUACUCGCCGCGGCCCCGCCUCGACAACGUCAGACCCGCCGCCGCGCCGCCCGAGGAGCCCCCCGACC